AUGACGUCGCCUUUUGGGGGUGAGACUCAGCCGCCUUUCCUUACGCGAAAGCUUUUGACCUGCGCUGCCCGCCUCACCCUUCGCCUCCAGUUCCACGUCGUCCUUGGAUCUUCCACUUCCACAUCAACUACGGCGCCUCCUUCCAUCACGCCCUCCAACCCUGCACCUCCACUUCGCAUCCGCAGCCUUGGGACCUUUUUCGCCGUUGCGCAUCAGUACAACGGCCAUUUCUUCUCCGCCACUUCAAUAACGACACCCCCGACAAUUGACAACAUGUCUGCUGAGGAGGAUCUCAUCGACUACUCCGACGAGGAGCUCCAGACCAACGAGACUGCGGCCGCCUCCAACGGAAAGAAGGCUGACGCUGCCGCCGGUAACGCCGUCGACAAGAAGGGCAGCUAUGUCGGCAUCCACUCGACCGGUUUCCGCGACUUCCUUUUGAAGCCCGAGCUUCUCCGCGCUAUUGGCGAUUGCGGUUUCGAGCAUCCUUCGGAGGCGUCCGUCCAUCUCGCAAGCCACACAAAGAACAAAAAGCCAUCGACGUCGCCAUCGAAGAAGAGAGAGAAGAAAACGUACCGAGAAGCGGGAGUCAAGUUGGACAUCCAAGUUUUUGUACGGGCACUGCUCGCGAAUUCACCGGCUGCGCGAACACUGCGGUGUUCCCGAGUGCACUUCAGUCGGUCGGUUGCUGCUAGAGCUUUGGCUCACGGCGGUCUGGCUUCUUUUGUAUCACAGUCGCGAGCGACACGGGGCGCAUGCGACGCCGGCGCUCGCGAUUCUGGAGGAGGAGACCAACUCGACAAAAUGGCUUCUUUGCGCAGAUGGACGGGCCCUUUGCACGCCCUCUACGUCGCUCUCCUCGGUGGAGAUAUCAUCUGCCAGGCCAAGUCUGGUCUCGGAAAGACAGCCGUCUUCGUCCUGACCACCCUGCAACAAGUUGAGCCCGUUCAGGGCGAGGUCUCCGUGUUGGUUAUGUGCCACACUCGUGAGCUUGCCUUCCAGAUUCGCAACGAGUACAACCGUUUCAGCAAGUACAUGCCCGAUAUCAAGACUGGUGUCUUCUACGGCGGUACCCCCAUCCAGAAGGAUGUCGAGACGAUCAAGAACAAGGAGACCUGCCCCCAUGUCAUCGUGGGCACCCCUGGCCGACUUAACGCGUUGGUCCGCGACAAGGUUCUCCGCCUCGGCAGCGUCCGCAUUUUCGUCCUCGACGAGUGCGACAAGAUGCUCGACCAGAUCGACAUGCGCCGUGACGUCCAGGAGAUCUUCCGCGCUACCCCCACCCAGAAGCAGGUUAUGAUGUUCUCAGCCACCCUGUCCGAUGACAUCAAGCCCAUCUGCAGAAAGUUCAUGCAGAACCCUACCGAGCACUAUGUAGACGAGGACACCAAGCUCACCCUGCACGGUCUUCAGCAAUACUACAUCAAGCUCGAGGAGCGCGAGAAGAACCGCAAGCUCAACGAACUCCUGGACGACCUUCAGUUCAACCAGGUCAUCAUCUUCGUCAAGAGCACCCUGCGUGCAACCGAGCUGGACAAGUUGCUGAGAGAGUGCAACUUUCCCUCCAUCGCCGUCCACUCCGGCGUCAGCCAGGAGGAGCGUAUCCGCCGUUACAAAGAGUUCAAGGAGUUUAACAAGCGUAUCUGCGUUGCUACCGAUGUCUUCGGCAGAGGUAUUGAUAUCGAGCGUAUCAACCUGGCCAUCAACUACGAUCUGCCCGCCGAUGCCGACUCGUACCUGCACAGAGUCGGUCGUGCCGGUCGUUUCGGUACCAAGGGUCUUGCCAUCUCCUUUGUGAGCACUGACCAGGACCAGGAGGUUCUCAAGUCUAUUGAGAAGCGCUUCGAGGUUGCUCUUCCUGAGUUCCCCAAGGAGGGUAUCGAUGCCAGCACCUACAUGGCCUCUUAA